AUGAUACACGGACCUUGCGGAAAUGCAUUUCGUAAUUCUACGUGUAUGAAGGAAGGAAAAUGUUCUAAAUACUUCCCUAAAGAAUUCAGACGUGAUACGAUCGUUGAUCAAGAUGGAUAUCCGGUUUAUAGACGAAGGGACAACGGACACACAGUUUCUAAGAAUGGAAUUGAGAUUGACAACAGAUUUGUUGUUCCUUACAAUUCAAAGUCAUUGUUGAAGUACAUAGCUCAUAUUAAUAUGGAAUGGUGCAAUCAAAGCACAUCCGUCAAAUAUUUGUUCAAAUACAUCAACAAAGGAUAUGACAGAAUAACUGCUGCAAUUGUCAUGAAUGAAGAUGGAUCUGUUUCGCAACAUGACGCCGUUGAUGAAAUAAAGCAGUAUAUUGACUGUAGGUACGUUUCUCCAAGUGAAGCUGCUUGGAGAAUUUAUGGUUUUUCUAUUCAUGGAAGAAAACCAGCUGUAGAAAGACUUCACUUUCAUGGUGAGGGGCAAAAUUAUGUUUUCUAUACUGAUGUCAGCCCUAUUACCACAGUCCUUGACAAACCGAGCGUUACUGAGUCGAUGUUUACAUCUUGGUUUGAAGCAAACAAGAAAUACGACGAAGUGCGCCAAAUAACGUAUAGCAAUUUUGUUUCAAAGAUGAUGCUAACACAUGUUAAAGGACCAAAAAGCUACGAUGAAAUAAAGACAGUAAACAAUGUUAAGUACGAUACUUUCCGUGAUGCAUGUUUUGCUAUGGGAUUCAUUGGGGAUGAUCGAAAAUUCAUAUCUGCAAUAACAGAAGCAUUUCAUUGGGGUUCUGGACAUUAUUUGAGAUUACUUUUUGUUCACAUGUUAUUGUCAAGUAGCAUUAAUAGGCCUAAGCAUGUAUGGAGUAAAACUCGACAUCUGUUAUCUGAUGGAAUUCUUUAUUCUCAGCAAAGGAUUGCAAACAACAGAGGUCUGCGGCUAACGAAUGAAGAAAUUCUCAAUCUAACGUUGAUUGAAAUUGAAAAACUUCUUCGACGCAGUAGAAAGAGUUUAAGUGAUUUUCCUGGAAUGCCAAAACCACAUGGUUACAUCAUUGAGGAGCUUGGAAAUAAUUUAAUUUACGAAGAGAGAAACUACGAUCCUGCUGGACAACUUCAAGAGUUUAAUACGUUGUAUAAUAACCUCGCAGAUGAACAAAGAGAUGUUUUCAAACAAAUCUUGACGGUUGUUGAUACCCAGAACGGUGGCGUAUUCUUUCUGUAUGGAUACGGCGGUACAGGUAAAACAUACAUGUGGAGAACAUUAGCUUCCUACAUAAGAUCAAGAAGACAAAUAUGCUUGACAGUUGCCUCUUCAGGUAUUGCAUCCCUGUUGCUUCCCGGUGGUCGAACGGCACAUUCUAAAUUUAAAAUUCCCAUUCCCACACUUGAAUCUUCGACAUGCGACAUUAACAAGGGUAGUGACAGGGGUGACAUGCUAAAAGUAUCAAAAUUGAUUAUUUGGGAUGAAGCUCCGAUGUGUCACAAAUUUUGUUUUGAAGCUUUGGAUAAAACCCUCAGAGAUAUCAUGGGUGGAUCCAGUGCAUCGGAUAAAAUAUUUGGUGGGAAGGUAAUUGUGUUUGGUGGGGAUUUCAGACAGAUUCUACCGGUUAUUCCAAGAGGCAGCCGUUCAGAUAUAAUUCAUGCAACUAUCAAUUCAUCAUACAUUUGGGAUCAUUCUAAGGUUUUGAAACUUACAAAAAACAUGAGGCUUCAGCAAUCUGGGACGACUACAUCAGCAUCCGACUUAGAACGGUUUUCAAAUUGGAUAUUAAAAGUUGGAGAUGGAAAACUAGCAGAACCUAACGAUGGCUAUGCUGCUAUUGAUAUCCCAGCAGAUAUUUUGAUAUCUAAUUUUGAUGAUCCGCUUCGAGCAAUAUUCGAAAACACUUAUCCAAAUUUUGAAGCUAACUUUAACAAUGUAGCUUUUCUGCAGUCAAGGGCAAUAUUGGCUGGAACAAUUGAGACAGUAGAUGAAAUAAAUCACUAUGUAUUAGACAAUCUUCCAGGGGACGAAAAGGAAUACUUAAGCUCUGAUUCAGUCGACACGCAUGAUGGUGAUGGCAAUGAAUGUUUUGAUGUUUUAACUCCCGAGUUUUUGAAUGGAUUGAGAACGUCGGGACUUCCUAAUCAUAAGAUCAGAUUGAAAGUAAAUACUCCAAUCAUGCUGCUCAGGAAUAUUGAUCAGGCAGAAGGCUUAUGCAACGGAACACGUCUAAUCGUUACAAGAUUGGCUGAUCAUGUUAUUGAAGCCAAAAUAAUUUCAGGCAAGAACAUCGACGGUAUCAUUUAUAUUGCACGAAUGGACAUUACUCCAACGCAGACGCCAUGGCCAUUCAGGAUGACACGAAGACAGUUUCCUAUUACGGUCUGUUAUGCUAUGACUAUUAAUAAAUCUCAAGGUCAGUCUUUGGAUCAUGUUGGCAUAUAUUUGCCGAGGAGCGUAUUCAGCCAUGGCCAGUUAUAUGUUGCAGUUUCAAGAGUAAAGAGCUAA